GCUCCUUCUCCGUGCCAGCCCGUCAGUCAUGGAGCGGCUGCUGCCAGCCGCGGCGGCAGUAACGGCAGCCCCUCCAUCAGCAGCCCGGGACGUCCGCGCCAGCCGCCUUAGCAGGAGCGUGAGCCACAAGCGAGAGCUGCGCGCGCCGGACUCCACGGUAGCAGCGGCGUCUCGCGCCACUGGGUGCAGUGAUUGACGGCGCGAGCUAGCCCAGGAAUUCCGUCUCGUGCCCGCAAUAGGAGUUGCGCACGGCUGUCCUCCUCCUAGCUAUUCUCCUUCUCCUCCUCGUCUGCGAUGCUCCAGUCAUGAAACGUGUACGCUCAGAACAGAUUCAGAUGGCAGUUUCCUGCUACCUCAAGCGCCGACAGUAUGUAGACUCAGAAGGUCCUCCGAAACAAGGGCUGCGACUGUGCCAGACUGCAGAAGAAAUGGCAGCUAAUCUAACAGUUCAAUCUGAAUCGGGUUGUGCCAACAUUAUAUCUGCUGCUCCCUGCCUAGCAGAGCCGCAACAAUAUGAAGUACAGUUUGGGCGACUGCGCAAUUUUCUUACAGAUUCAGAUUCUCAGCAUAGCCAUGAAGUGAUGCCUCUCCUGUAUCCCCUCUUUGUCUACCUCCAUCUUAACAUGGUCCAAAAUGGCCUAAAGAGCACAGUGGACAGUUUCUAUAGUCGCUUCCAUGGAAUGUUCUUGCAGAAUGCCAGCCAGAAGGAUAUCAUUGAGCAGUUACAGACCACCUUAACUAUUCAAGACAUCGUAUCCAACUUCAAACUCCAGGCAUUUCUGGACAACAAGUAUGUUGUCCGUCUUCAAGAAGACAGCUACAACUUCCUCCUUCGCUACCUCCAAAGUGACAACAACAAUGCUCUUUGCAAAGUUCUCUCCUUGCACAUUCACUUAGAUGUGCAGCCAGCCAAGAGGAUGGACUAUCAGCUGUAUGCUAGCGGUGGUUCUUCACGCAGUGAAAGCAAUGGCCUGGAACCUGCUGACAUGCCUACUUCCAUCCUGCAGAAUGAGGCAGCCUUGGACAUUCUGCAGGACAGCAUCAAAAGAGUCAAAGAUGGGCCUCCUUCACUCACCACCAUAUGCUUCUAUGCAUUUUAUAACACUGAGCAGUUGCUAAACACAGCAGAGAUCUCUCCAGACAGCAAGCUGCUUGCUGCUGGCUUUGACAAUUCAUGUGUGAAGCUGUGGAGUUUGCGGUCCAAGAAGCUGAAAUCUGAGCCUCAUCUGAUAGAUGUGUCCCGAAUCCACCUGGCUUGUGACAUCAUGGAUGAGGAGGAUGAAGAUGAUGAUAAUGUGGGUACAGAAAUGAAGAUCCUCAGAGGACACUGUGGUCCUGUGUAUAGCACAAGGUUUCUGUCAGACAGUUCAGGACUUUUGUCGUGUUCUGAAGACACAUCCAUCAGAUACUGGGACCUUGGAUGUUUUACAAACACUGUGUUGUACCAAGGGCAUGCUUACCCUAUCUGGGAUCUGGACAUCAGUCCUUGCAGCUUAUAUUUUGCCAGUGGUUCCCAUGACCGCACAGCAAGACUCUGGUCAUUUGAUCGGACGUACCCAUUGCGAAUAUAUGCAGGCCAUUUGGCAGAUGUGGACUGCAUUAAGUUUCACCCCAAUUCUAACUACUUGGCAACAGGAUCCACAGACAAAACAGUGCGGCUGUGGAGUACCCAGCAAGGAAACACUGUGCGCCUGUUCACAGGCCACCGUGGCCCUGUGCUGUCACUUGCAUUUUCUCCAAAUGGUAAGUAUUUGGCUUCAGCAGGUGAAGAUCAGCGGUUAAAGCUGUGGGACUUGGCAUCUGGCACUCUUUACAAAGAACUGAGAGGGCACACAGAUAAUAUCACCAGCCUUACUUUUAGUCCGGACAGUAGCUUGAUUGCUUCUGCAUCAAUGGACAACUCUGUUCGGGUCUGGGACAUUCGAAACACUUACUGUAGUGCUCCCAUAGAUGGCUCCUCCAGUGAGCUAGUUGGUGUAUAUACCGGACAGAUGAAUAAUGUACUGAGUGUACAGUUUAUGGCCUGUAACCUCCUUUUAGUGACUGGAAUUGCACAAGAAAAUCAAGAAUAUUAACUUUUUUAAAAGGGGGGAGGGUUUAUUAAAAGCCAGAGUCUAUUAUAAACUGAGAUUAUAUGUAAUUGACUGUGAAAAAUGUCUUUCUCUCUGCCAUUGUGGGGUAUGUCCAGAAUGAUGGAAACACUGUACUUGAAGAUAUUUUGCAUUGUUAGUAAAGGACAGAGGAGGGGGGAGGGCAAUAGAACUUUGUCAUUGUAUGAUAGUAGUGCAAGGGCAGGAAGCAAUGCGGGGAAGCCAACGACCCAGAAUAUUACACUAUAAAGAAUAGCCCAAAGCCUGGUCCAAACAACUAAAAUUAUCAACUUGGCAUUUGCACUUUGCAUGUGCACUUAAAUAUAUUGUAUUAUGGGCACAUCCUUUCUGCUAGCAGAGGUUGGUGGGACUGUUUCUGUAUCAAUUAUUCAGCUCAGUUGACUAUUUCCCCACUGAUUUUUUUCUGUGGGUCCAAAAUGCUUGUCAUCUUACUGAUUAGAAAAUUUUCAUUGUAAAGGUGCUUCCUAAAAUAAGUGACAUUACAAUAAUGUUUGAAAUAUUUUUGGGGCAGGUUUCCAGCUUGCUUUUAAUUUUUUAAUUAUAAAAAGGCGAUUUGAAUGUGACCAUAGCCUGUCUCUGUGAAGAGAUACAAUUUGGAUUUGAUUUGUUAAUGCUGGCUAUAAUAUUUGUAGCUGUUGAUAGAUGGGAAGUUUGGGAUUUUUCCAAAUCUGGUUGCACUGUGAUGGUGAUACAAAAUAGAAAUGAUUAACUUGGAGGAAAUAAGUAGCUCAUCUGUUGAACAGAACUAGAAAAAAUGCUUGAGUUUAUAAAAGCAUCUUUGAACUCUGAAUAGAAAGGGCACAAUUCACCUCACCAAAAAUACUGUCUGCAAAUGAAUAUUGAUAAAUGUAUCCAGAAGAGGGGGAAUUUCUAAAUUAUUAUGAGAAGGCGUAGCUCUGCUGAUGUCUGAUGCUUUCCACUGAAUAACAAAAUAGAAGUUACAUGAAGUUUUCAUUGAGAAUGCGAGCAUGCAAAAUGAAAGGGUUUGGGGUGGGGAAAGCAAACCCUAAUUUUGUCAUUCAAAGAAAAGAUUGAAUAUUUCUGCUUUCAGGAAAGAGAUUUUGUAUUUUUGUUUUUUUUCUAUUAAAGCAUUUAGUUUAAAGAGAA